AGAUUAAAUAAAGAGUUACAAUAACACCAUUUUAAAGUUUUACAACUGUAUACGAAUAGUUGUUUCCAAGAAAUUCACUGCUGUUUUUUGCAUUUCUGCAGAGUUUCGUUCGCCGGCGAGCCGCAGGACGAAGGGGAAGCGAACGGGAACAAGUUACUCGUCGAUCUGGAAGGAAAAGACGAGAAGAGAGAGCGCGAGACCAGCAUGUGGUUCAGCAAGGACAUCUUUUCCGAGCUGGAUUUGGACGAUGACACCGAUGCCUUGAGCGAACUGAAACAAACCCAGCUGCUGCAGACCGGAAAAGGCAAAAAGAGGAAAGUGGAAGAGGAGGCGGGGCCUGCCGUGCAGAAACAGGAAGUGGCCGCGCCCUCACAGGACGUGAAUGCGGAUGAAGACAACAGCGACUCUGAUGACGACAGCAGCGAUGAUGAAAGGUGAGACAUGUAUACUUUUGUUAAUAUUAACAUU